AUGAAAGUGUAUAAUUUCACUUGUCUCGCGAUUGUGAGCGGAGAGGAAGUGGUGGAAACGCUGGUGGAGGAAGCAGGGCUUGUUUCAACUGCAACAAGGAAGACCUUUCGUCGGUCUCUCGCCGUCUCGCCGCCGAUUCCGCCGCUGUCAUCACCACAAGACGAGACUCGCUUAUAUGAAACACUCAGAUUCUUGAUGGCAAUUGCUUUUGUUCGUAGUCUUCAAAGAGCUUCUUCGUCUCUUCUUAGAUCCUCACAUCCACUUCUCAUCUCUUCCAGGUUGCUUCUGCAAAGCCAAGACCUUUUCUCGGAUUCAAAACCGACAUUCUUGCUACCGAGACCGAUAUGCAGAAGCUUUAGCCAUGGAACAGUGAACCUAGUGAUAUCAGAAGGGAAACCAAAGUUCGAGACUCGAGAACUUGACCCUCCCAAGAAAUGGAAAUGGCUGACCAAGAAGAGACUGAAGCUGAAGAGAAAGAAAGAGAGAGAGGAAAGAAACGCAGCCAACAGGAAAGACCCGAGACGACUUACCGUCAAAGGGAAGAAGAGGAAGUUCGCUAAUCCAGAGGAAAGAAUCAAGAACAAGCUUGAAAAGGCCAAGAUCAAAGAAGCAUUGCUGAUUGAGAAACUCAAACGCUACCAAGUUGCUAAUGUGCAGGGACCUGAGGUUAGACCGCAUGAGAUUACAGGGGAAGAGCGGUUUUACCUGAAGAAAAUGGGUCAGAAGAGAUCGAACUACGUGCCGAUUGGGAGGAGAGGAGUGUUUGGUGGUGUGAUUCUGAACAUGCAUCUGCAUUGGAAGAAGCAUGAGACCGUUAAGGUUAUAUGCAACAAUGUUAAGCCGGGACAAGUGCAAGAAUACGCGGAGGAGCUUGCUAAACUCAGUGGCGGUGUGCCUGUUAACAUCAUCGGCGAUGAUACGAUCGUGUUUUACAGAGGGAAAGGUUAUGUUCAGCCUAAAGUUAUGUCUCCUAUUGAUACAUUGUCCAAGAAGAGAGCAUAUGAAAAGUCGAAGUACGAACAGUCACUUGAGUCGGUGAGACAUUUCAUAGCGAUUGCUGAGAAGGAACUUGAGCUGUAUUACAGGCAUGUUGCUCUUUACGAUGACCCGAGUAAGAGAAGUCCUCUUUCGAUCUUGGAUGAUUCUUUAUCUGAAUCAGAUAGUCACCACCAGGAUGAGCUUUCUCUGAGUUGUUCGGACACUGAGGAUGAAGAUGAGGAUGAAGAGGAAGAGAUGUGUGAAUUAGAUAAUGGUUCUUCUUCAAAGGAAGAGUUGUUUGAAACUAGUGGAAAAGUGGAUUUUUAG